CAGACAUGUCAAAAACAUUUCCUAUGUCAACAUUUUUAGGUAUAGAUCUCUCUACUACGUUUCAUCAGACAUUUGAUUACGUUUUCCAACAAUCAAUUUCUUCUUCAAAGUUCCGUAAUAAUCAAUUUGACACUCAUCUGAGAGAAAUAUUUCGAGUAGUCAAGCCUGGGGGCUGGAUAGAGAUAUUCGGAACACCUACCGAAAUUAUUAACGCCGAACCUACUUCAAAGAAAUUUGUUAAUUCAAUGCGUAAAUGCUUCCAGUCUAAUGGACUCGAUCCUAAUCUUGUGUAUACUUAUCCUAACAAGUUAAGAUCCUUAAAUAUUAAAACCAUUCAAGUGGUUGAAGUGCAAUAUUACCUUUCAAAUCAUAAUAAAAUUUUGGAGAAUCAGGAAUCAGGUCUUCUACUUAAAACAGCAGAAUCUUUAAGAGUAAUGUUAAAGAUAGUGGUGGGUUAUACAGAUGAAGAAUAUGAUGCAAUAUUAAGAGAGACAUGGCAAUAG